UGUGGCGCCUCCGUUUUGCUUGGAGAAGCAGAAACGGGCGAUAGGAGGCAGGAGGGGGGGCUGAAGAAAAAAAGGGAGGGAUGCAGGGAGGGAGCCAGUGAUGGAUGGAUGGAGGGAAAGGAGGGAGGGGAAAUGCGGAGGGGACGCGAGGGAAAGGAGGAGGGGAGGGGGGCUGAGUGGUUCUUGUAAAUAUUUAUAUUGCAUUAUGAUACGCGAGACAGUGAAAAGGAGAAGGGUGGAGGGGACCAGAGGAACCGGGGAGGGGGGGCGGGGGGUGAUAUAGAGCGUCCAUCCUUUUAUUAAUUUUAUUCCGGACCGCUAAGUUUAGCAUUCAACACGUGUCGCCAAAGAUGGAGGGAGGAGGAGGGGAGAGGAGGAAACGAGAGAGAUACAGGGGGAGAGAGGGAGGUUGACGGUUGCUAGGCGACGGGGCGCAUAUACUGAAUUUUAACAAAAGAACAGGGAAAGAGGGAGAACUGGAGAGAGUGUGUGUGAGAGAGGAGAGGAAAGAGGGAGGGAGAGAGGUGAAGAGAGAGAUCGGAGAAAUUGAAUACAUGUAGAACAGAUACAUAUUUAGAUAGAUAUUUUCAGUGUGUGUGUGUGAGUGUGUGUGUGUGUGCGCGCGUGUGGCGGCGGUGGGGGGACACCUGCAAAACGGAUACCUCAAAAAGGGAAAGGAUGUGAAAAAGGAUGGAGAGACGCGGGCAAAGAGGGGGGAAAGGCUGGUGAAAAACAGUAAGUGGAUUUCUUCUUUUUUUAUGAUCUUUGCAGUGCCGUGGCAUUUUUUUUUCACUCCGCGCAAACACGCACUCCUCUUGCUUGGAUUAAUUGCGGCUCGGGCGUUUUGAGGGUGCAGCGCGUCAUUGAGACGAGAAUGCUUUGGACAUCUGCAAGGACGCCGGUGAUGGGGGAGACGGAUGCGUGGAGAUGGAGAGGUGGAAGCGGCCGGCGCACCGGGGCUUUGACCCCUCUGUCAUUGCUGCGCCUGGAAACUCACGCGCGCACAGGUCCUUUACGGCAGACUGGAUAGAUAGCUCAGUCAGACGCACUCAUGCGCACACUUUACAGGCACCCUCUCUUAGUGAGAUAUAUAUCUGCCCCCCCUUCCCCUCGGCAGGUUGCCAUGGUCGCCAUACCUACUCUCUCUCUCCUAUUGGUCCUGGCAGAGUGGGCAGGUCUGGUGGACGCGUCCCCCCACCUCCUGCUCCGGCCGAGCCCGCGGGAGCGUGAUGCGGGGACCAUGAUGAACUUCAACAUUGCUGUGAUCCACGCCGGUGCCACAGUGCAGGCAGAGGCGGCGGUAGCGGGGCCCGGGGGGAGGGUGCUGUACCCCGGCUUCGGCCGGGUUUAUGGCUCCCUGGGGGAGAGCGUGGUCACCCAAUGGGGCUCUGCUAACGUCAUCUGGCUGCAGGUGAAUGACAGCAGUCCUAAGACAGUGCUGUCCCAACUGUGUGAGCUUCUGGCGGCGCGGCCCCUGCAGGGUCUGGUUUAUGAAGAGGAGAGACCUCCUCGCACUGCCUGGGGUCCUCUGGCCCCCAUGCUGGAGUUUGUCUCUGCACAGACAGGAUUGCCCAUAGUGGCUGUAGGAGGAGGAGCAGGCCUGGGGAGGAUGCCACAGGAAUCAGGUUCCAUCUUUCUCCAGUUCAGCUCCUCCACUGCUCUACAGCUGGAGGUCAUCUUUGAGGUGUUGGAGGAGUACGAUUGGACUGCUUUCUCCGUGGUGUCCACUCGUCACCAUGGCUACCAGGACUUCCUGUCUGUGGUAGAAGGGCUGACUGACGGCUCCUUCAUUGGCUGGGAGAAGAAGAGCGUGGUGAUCCUGAACGUGACUGACGACCCUGGGGGGGCACGCACGCGCAGGCUGCUGAAGGAGAACGAGGCGCAGGUGCGCCUGCUGUACUGCUCCCAGGAAGAAGCCGAGCUGGUUUUCAAAGCCGCCUGGGCGGCGGGUCAGGCGGGAGCCUCUCACAUGUGGUUUGCGGUGGGGCCAGCUCUCUCAGGUUUGGGCACGGAGAACUUGCCCCGGGCUUUAUUUGCCGUCCGGCCCCAGGGCUGGAGGGAUGAACCUCGCCGAAGGAUCGCCCGAGGUGUGUCUGUGCUGACUCACGGGGCAGUCGCCAUGCGGAAGGAGUACGGAACCACGGGAGGGCCAAACUUUGUCACCAACUGCAUGACGGAUGCCAAUCAGACCCAAAGGCUGCGGGGCAGGAUGAGAUAUUUUAGCAACAUCACACUUGGUGGUCGAGACUACUCUUUCAACGUGGAAGGCUACCUGUCUAACCCCUUCUUGGAUGUCAUCUCCUGGACACCUGGACGUGGAUGGGAAGAUGUAGGCUGGUGGGAAAACGGCGUGCUGAGGCUUCGGUAUCCUGCCUGGUCGCGCUACGGGCCUUUCCUAAAGCCACCUGAUGAUGCCCAGCACCUGCGUGUUGUCACGCUGGAGGAAAGGCCAUUUGUCAUCGUGGAGCUCGCAGACGCUGCAUCUGGAACCUGCAUCCGUGACUCAGUUCCCUGCAGACGCCCCCUUAAUGCCAGUGCUAUCCAUGAGGGAAUGGCUCCCUUGAAGCAGUGCUGCAAGGGCUUCUGCAUUGACAUCCUCAAGCGACUGGCCAAGAUUGUCGGGUUCACCUAUGACCUUUACUUAGUGACCAAUGGGAAACAUGGGAAGAAAAUCGAUGGGGUUUGGAACGGCAUGAUUGGGGAGGUGGUGUACAAGCGGGCAGAUAUGGCCAUUGGCUCAUUGACUAUCAAUGAGGAGAGGUCAGAGGUCGUGGAUUUCUCUGUUCCCUUUGUGGAGACAGGAAUCAGUGUCAUGGUCUCCCGUAGCAACGGAACUGUAUCUCCAUCAGCGUUCUUAGAGCCUUACAGUCCAGCGGUGUGGGUGAUGAUGUUCGUCAUGUGCCUGACUGUUGUGGCGGUGACGGUCUUCAUUUUUGAAUUCUUCAGCCCUGUGGGUUACAACCGCAGCCUUCAGACUGGCAAAAAGGCUGGAGGGUCCACUUUCACUAUUGGAAAAUCCGUCUGGCUCUUGUGGGCCAUCGUCUUCAACAACUCUGUGCCAGUGGAGAACCCGAGAGGAACCACGAGCAAGAUCAUGGUGCUGAUCUGGGCCUUCUUUGCUGUCAUAUUUCUGGCCUCCUACACUGCUAACCUGGCUGCCUUCAUGAUCCAGGAGGAGUACAUCGAUACUGUGUCAGGCCUGUCGGACAAGAAGUUUCAGCAUCCAGAGGAGCAGUACCCACCUCUGAAGUUUGGAACGGUGCCCAACGGGAGCACUGAAAAAAAUAUCCGCUCCAACUACCCAGACAUGCACCAGUACAUGGGAAAAUACAACCAGAAAGGAGUGGAAGAAGCCAUACUGAACCUCAAGACUGGGAAGCUGGACGCUUUUAUUUAUGAUGCUGCGGUAUUGAACUAUAUGGCCAGAAAGGACGAAGGUUGUAAGGUGAUGACCAUAGGCUCGGGGAAGGUUUUUGCCACCACAGGCUACGGUAUCGCCCUGCACAAAAACUCACGCUGGAAACGUCCUCUUGACCUCGCCCUACUGCAGCUGGUGGGAGAUGAUGAAAUUGAAAUGCUGGAGCGCCUCUGGUUGUCAGGCAUCUGCCAUAAUGACAAAAUUGAGGUGAUGAGCAGCAAGCUGGACAUUGACAACAUGGCUGGGGUCUUCUACAUGCUCCUGGUGGCCAUGGGCCUCAGUCUUCUCGUUUUUGCCUGGGAACAUUUAGUGUACUGGAAGCUCCGUCACUGCAUGGCCACUAGUUCUGGCAAACUGGACUUUCUCUUGGCAAUCAGCAGGGGCAUGUAUAGUUGCUGCAGCUUUGAGGAUGAAACGGCACCAAGUGGAGCUAAAUCUUUGCCUUCACAUCACCACACUGCAAUGGUUACAGUUUCAUCUCAGCCACAUGUUGUCUCAACAUCUAUGACGAACCCAGCUCUUGCCAUGGCUCAACAGCAGCAACAACCCCAGCAGCAGCAGCAACCGCAGCCGGUCUACAAAACACCUCUACCAGGUUCUCCUCCCACCGUGUUGCAUUCUGGGACAGCACUGGGUUCCUCCAGCAACCCCAUCGCUGGUGCGCCCCUUCCUUGCUCCACUUUCUUGCCAAGGCCAGACCGUCGGCUGGCUGUGGUGGAUCGCUGGAGACUGCCCAAAACUGUUGCAGCCACCAACCCCAUGGCUGUACGAGGGGCCAUCAAUGACAUGGGACCCUUUGCACAGAAAGUCCCACCGAACUGGGCUUCAGCGGCUGGAGGAGGUGGGGGGCUUGAUGGCUAUAAAAGAUAUUAUGGUCCCAUUGACCCUGAGGGACUGGGGCCCUGCAUGGAGCAACAGGUAGGGACCCAGACCCCCAAGACUAUGCCGAGGGGCCACCCCCAACCCCCUCCAGCUAGCGUGGCCUUCUUCUCAGAGAAGAACAUGGAUCAUGGGGUGGGGAAGAAGGUUGUGGGAGGUGGCGGUGGAGGUCAGGGGAAAGGCACUGUUAAACCUCUGGGUACUCCCAGACUGCCUCCUAAGAGUCAGGCCCCCUUGCCUCCUACACCCCCACUGCCACACCCCUCUCCCCCUCUUCCUUCAUCCUUCUGGAGAAAACGCAGGCCCAAAAAACCCAAAGAGCCUGGUGGACCACUCUACGAGAACAUUCUACCUUUAGGACGAAGAGGAGGAGCACGAGAUGGUGUCAGGGACGGAGGAGGGAGGAGGGCACGUCCUCUUUCUCCACCACUCUCACUUCCUGUACCAGUGCCGCUCAGUCCCUCCUACACUCCUCCUUCUCCCUCAGCAUCCUUGCACUAUACCUCCUCAUCCGCUUCGUCAACCACCUCGUCCACGUCCUCUUCGUCAUCUGCAUCGUCGUCUCGCUCCUCGUCUCCCACGUAUUCUUACAGCUCCUCCAGGAGUGCAGAUGACAGAACUGGAGGACUAGAUGGAGAAGAUGAUGAUGACGAGGAGCUGACAGAAGAGUCAAGCCUUCUCCUUGGAAGAGGAAGAGAGAGGGAACGCUCAAUCAUCCGGCCUCGUUCCCUCAGCCACGGCCGCUUGCCACCCCCCAUACCCCCCAGAAAACCACGCACAUCCUGGGGUGACAGAGAAAGGGAACGAGAGCGGGAAAGAGGAGGUAGCCAGCUGUCCCAGCUCCAAGAGUGGUGGGCCAGCUGGAAUGACAGGGACCGGCGUGGAAGUGUUGGAGAUGCUGAGAGACAAAAAAUGGUGAAGAGGAGGAGGAAAGAAAAAGAGAAAGAAAAGAAGAGAAAGAAAAAGAACAAAAAGAGAAAAAAGAGGGAAGAAAGAGAACGAGAGAGGGAGAGAGAGAGGAAGCGUAGGAAGGUGAAAAAGAAAAAGAAGGCGCUUAAAACUAAGAAGAGGAAGAAAUCCAUUGGGGGAAAACGGUCUGAGCCAGAGGAGGGAGAUGUAGAACUGGAGAGAGAAGGAGAACCUGAGGGGGAGAGGGAAGGAGGAAUACAAGACUACGCUUCCUUUUCUUCCCAGUAUAGAAACACAUUUGCAGAGAAAGGGCGGGACUCAUGGGAAGGGGAAAGGGAGAGGAACAGGAGAGAGGGAGGAGAAGAGGGCAUUGACAGGGAAGAGGAGGAAAGUAGAAGAAGCAGGGAGAGAAGGCCGAAAUCUUCACAUUCUCAUUCCAGACAUAACACCACCAGUAAGCGCUAUCCCAACUUGAAUAAACUUCCUGCAUCUGUAAAAUUUUGGGGAAAUGGUAGAGGAGAUGGGUCAAAUGCUCAUCCGUCAUCCUUUCAUCCACUUCUUCCAUCUUCCAAGCGGAGAAGAGGUGGAAGAACCGAUAGAGAAGACAGCAGUAAAGUUGGAGAGCGUCGUCCAUUGUUAAUGCGCUAUGAAAAAGAGAAAGCGCAGACUAGAGAAGGGCUGUCCUUUCACGAAUGGGACUCUGAUGAAGAAGAUGAUGACGAAGAGGAGGAGAGGAAUGACGCUAGAGAACGUUUGGAGGAGAGGGGAAGGAGAACAGGAAGGGGGACAGUUUCUGAGUCAGAGAGGGACAGGACCAGGCUAGAAGACAGUUACUCAGACGAGGGAUCUUCAGGGGAAUUUGGCCGUUUUGAAAGAUACUGGGAUGAAGGAGCAGGAGGUGGCACUGGAAUAGGGGGCAUAGGUGGAGGAGGCUGGUUCUUUGGUACUUACCCCUCCAGAGAGAAAGGAGGUAGUAUCAACAGUCGAGAUGAUUCUUUACUGGGAACCAGAGCGGAGGGCUGGUUUGGAGGUGACUUUUGGGGCUCAGGGCCAGGUGUUGGUUGGGGAUCUGGUGGAGGGAGUGGAGGGUUGGGCUCACAGUGGCCACCUCCUCCGGCAGCCUUUCCUCCUCCUAGGCGAUACUGGUCUAUGGACAAGAUUCCUGUCAAAGGAGAGAAAAAGUUAAAAAGAGGAGGAGCCAAAAGCAAAGGGCGAAGUAGGGAAUUGGGGGAAGAAGCAGGACGGUCAACAAUGUGUUCCUGUAGUCUGUACCCCCACCCACAUCCAUACCCCCAUCCUCAUAGUCGGUCUCAAACCUCUCACUCCAAGAGAGGAUCCUCAGCGCAUUCCCAUAGCCAAGAAGAGCUUAUUCCCCACUGCCACAGCUUUAGCGGGGGUUCCCAUCCUAAGUCUCUGCCUUCCAAACCAGAUUCUAGUCAGGCCAAAUCAGGCAGCCAGUCUAACCUCAGCCUCAGCACACAACCCACAGAUCACCCACCACCACCCACACCAUCAUCACCACAACAGGCCACCUCUCUCCCAAUGCCAAUUCCUCCUCCUCCUUCCUCAUCUUCCAUCUCACCACCAGCAGGGGUAGGGAUAGCAGGACAGGCUCAGGCUUCAGCCAGUGCCAAACUCCAGUAUCAAAGACUGCGCUCUGUGCCACAGCCACGGAGGUUCUACUCUCCCCACCUGCCACUCAAAGCCAAGAGCUUGUGCUCACGCCGAGGAUCGGCCCACUUUUCCAGCCUGGAAAGUGAGGUAUGACAGGGGGAGAGGAGAGAGGGAGACGUGGGAGCGAGCACCAGUGCUAUUGAAAACCAUGGUACCGUGGCAGCUGGAGCCAGGGAUAACACCAGAGAAAUGGCUGCCCUGGUGGCCAUUGGUAAUCAAUUAGCAACCAUCACUACAGGAACUAAUCUGGAAAGGAGUUACAUUUCUAACUCCACUCUUGGAGAGAACAGUACCACCCACUCCAUUGUGCGUGUUCUUGUGAGGGCGACCGUGAGAAGCCACACAAGGGUGAGGAGCUACAUCCGCCUGGAUGGCUCCAAUGAUGACGAGAGUGAAGGUGAGGUUGCAUCACCUGGGACAACUUCCCCAGAACUUCUCCUCUGCUCAGAAAUGAGCUUUGUGAUGUCAUCUUCGGUUCUCCUCCCCUCCCCGAGUAACAACUCUGGAUAACAAUAAUCUCCAACCUGUGAGUAAUGAUGUCAUGUUUGCAUACACAUGCAUGCACACAAAGAAAAUGCUCAAAACGUCUCCCUCCCUCUGGCUUUGAGAACACAUCUCAGUGGGAUAGGGAGAGGCCCACUUCUCCCAAAAGAGCAGUGUUUAGUCAAUGGAGUCAGACUCCGUUCCCUCAUUGGGCUGUUGGCUUUUGAACUGGACACUGCUUCUCGGUGUUAGAGAGACUUCUCCUUUUUCUUCCCUUUUUUAAAUCAGUUGAUAUGAAAAGCAAUGCAGUCACCUCUCUCAUGCACUGUCUGCCUGAUCACCUUUCAAAGAACAGAGAGGACAGUGCUACUUAUUUGCCCUUUGACCUCAUGGCGCCAUCAGUCCCAUCUAGCUCUACCCCAGGACCAUCUAUUUGAUGUCAUGUUUUCCUAGAAACUCUUUUAAUCAGUUGGUCAACUGAGUUGGAGCUCAUCAUGUCUUCACUGGUCCAGUGGCAAGUUGAAUCUGAACAACGCUCUAAACGUUAAUAAGAGAAGUUACAACAAGAACGACAUAGACGUGUAGCAGAACUUCCUUUCAUGUCUGUCUUUGCUUUUCUUAUUGAGACUUCUCUUCCCAUUCUUUGUUUUUACUCUGUCAAUAUGUUUCUCUGACUGUAGUAGUGUUUAAUCAAAGAGGAGUCUGGAUGUGGCUAGUGUUGGAAGUGGGAAUGAUCUAAUAGCAUUGCCAAAUUUUUACUGAUGAUCUUUGAAUGGAGAUGAAAUAAAACCUUAUCUUUUCUUAUCCAACUCUAAUUCAGCCUUUUAUAUGUAGAUCAGGAAGUGUUGCAGUAUCUGUAAUUGGCACUAGAUGGCUGCAAAAUACUCAAAUAAGCUUUUGAGAUGUGUGUGAGAUUUGUGGUAAGUCCAAUAAUUGAAAGUGAAACUCUAGACUCUAUUAUUGCCACAGCAAAUUCAAAAGGUUAGGAUUUAUCUAGAGGUAAAAACAAAAAAAAAUGUUUGAGCCCAUUGAUUCUUUAGUGCCAUAGCUGAGUUUGUGGAUGAUGGAUUAUGUGAAGCACAAUUCCUCUGUGUACUUUUCUGAUGUGUGCCAGAGCACAAUCUCAAGGCUUCUUUACUGAUACCAUUAUUUACUAGAUGAAGUAAUGUCGCUGCUGUGAACCGUUAAGGUCAUUAUAAGCCAGAUCUAAAUACGUCAAUGUCAAGACAUCUUUCCAGAGCUAAUACUUUCACUCAUGACUUCAUUUGGCAAAUAAGACUGAACAACAUACUGUGAAUGUUUUGAGGUGCACAUGCAGUAACUGACACUUUACUGAGUGCAGUCAGUGAUAACUCCUUUUAUCAAGAUUAUCAGAUGACUGUUUGACUUUGAGCAAUAUUCCCACCCUCAAUGUGACAGCGAAGCAGUGGCAGAUCCUUUUGGUGUUUUGCUUCAUGGUAUAAAAUUAGAUCAGGGUCAGAUGUUCAGUUUAUUUAAUUCAUUUCUCGCUGGUAGGGUGUAUUUCAGCUAAUUUGGUUGAAUGUGAGAGUAAUAAACGGACACAAUUGUCAGCACCCAAUAAACGGUAACUAACGUCACUAUUAAAAUGCUACAUAUUAAAGAUUGAACAGUAAUAUGUAGCCUCAUGUUUUGUGCCAAAAAGCCAUCUUCUGUGUAAUCUGUGCCAACAUUUCUCACACUAAGACCAGCCACAGCCCAGCUCUUCUUCUAAUGUAGUUGAAUGUAGCGUUGACAUGAUGUAGCAAAAGAACAUCUACUUUCUUUGUAGCUCUUUGGAUGCUAUUCACAAUGGCUAGAAGGAGGGGGUAGGGGGCUGAUUUGGUAUCUGAGGGGCUGUGCGUUGUGUUUGUGCAUGUCGUCACAGAUCGAAGGGUUAGUCGACCUUCUCGCUUCCCCUUUUUUCACUCCUCUGCCCUUCUUAAGGCCAGACUGUACCUUUCAACUGCCCACGGAUUGCUUUUUUUUCCCCCCUUGAGCCUGCGUGGGGCAAUUUUUUUAAACUGUUUUUUAAAGAAAUGCUUUUACCAUUUCCUGUCCUUUGAAAAUCCCCACACACAUUGCAUGCUUAGCUGAAUGAAAUCACCAUGAUUUAUAGUUGGAGAGAUGUGUAGAUUAAUUAUAACUUAUGCUUGGGAACCAGGACGGCCAAUCGUACAGCAACUGUAUGAUUGUUUUUGUCAUUUUCCACCAACUAACAGGGCUUAAACCUGGUGUGUCAUUAAGCAUUAUUAGUUUCUAUUGAGGCGCUAAUACUUAAGUCUGUGACUGCAUGAACAGAAGUGACUCUUGACAACCCUCUAGCUUUUUUUGGUUCAUUUAAUUUUAUGCUGAGAAAAAAAAUAUAUUGAAAUAUACUAUGUUUUUGAGAAUGUACCAUGUUAUACUGUGAUUUAACUGAGAUAUUUUAUUGUAUUCAAUCAUCAUUUGAAUUCUAUCAUUUAUCUAUAAAGAACUAUAUAUGUACAAAUAAAUAUAUGCAUAUAUAUACAUACAGGUAUAUAUAUAUAUAUUAGUUAAGUUUGGUAUAUUUGGAGGAAGUGUUAGAUGAAAUAGUUUUAAAUGUUUUAGCUUUGUAGCAAUUCUAGACACAAAAAUCAUUUUUCAAUUUUGAUUCCUCCUAUAUGACUGUGAAGACAUUAGUGCCUGUGACAAAAAAGACAAGUAAAAGUCAAAACUCUAUUCAUCUGUAUCUACUCUAGCUGUCACUCCUCUGGUACUACCUAACAUAACAGUUUGGCAUUCACUGCUUUUACACAUCAAUAUGUUUCUGUCACUCUUUUUUUUCUGCUACUCUCCUCAAAGGUUCUUUCUCCUCGUUUUUUAAGAUGAACUAAUAAUCAUCCUCUGUUUUUAUUUUGAAACUGCUGAUACCCGGUGGUAACAUUCCUUAGUUGGAUAUCUCAUCCAGUGCCCUUUUCAUUUGAUCAUGUUCUGUUCCGUUUCACUUAGCAAAAAAACAGAGACCAGUAGAUACUGUGUUCUUGCUCUUUUUGACUGAUUGUUGAUGACGAUGAUGAUCAAAUUAUUGACUAAAGAAAUAAUUUAUGAACAAUGUUACUAUUACUGAUGUGACUGAAGUGUGUAUCCAAUGACCACACCACUGUAGCAAGUCUGGGCUGUACCACACCACCAGCGAGCAAGCGGGGCCACAGUUGCUAUGGUGUUGCCAUGGCGUUUUAAGGGCGUUGCCAUGGUGUUCCCUGUACCGCUACCACCUGGUGCCUGCUGGGUAAUAUAGCAUAAUUUCAUUGGCUUCUCCCAAGAUACUGGUCAAAUAUCAGCCAUUGGUCCAGAUCGAAUGAAUGGGGAGGGAAAUAUUGUAGAAAAAUUGGUUUGUGAGGAAUGCUGAUGGACAAACUGGCAGCGACUCGUCUGCUGUCAAUACUGAUCUAGACUGGACUGGCUCGGCUCGAAAUGGCUUGAUGCGAAGUUGAUUAAACUACCACCUGAACUGUGUGUUAUUUCUUGUGGCUGAAUCUCACUAACAGCUUGAAAUAAGAUGGGAUGGAGGAGCUUUUCUUCCUCUAAACUUGUGCAUGUCUUUAGCGUUAAAGAUAAGUGAUUCGUAUUAUUAAUGUUGACAGGAAAAAUGAUGUAUUGCGUGAGCACAAUUCAUCCGCCCACCGCAGCGUAACUGCAGUACUUUUCCUUUUACUUGAUUUUUCAUCUUCAACGACUUCUGAAAAAUGCACACAUCGACACAUUAGCUGUGCGUGGAUACUUACCACACACUGCACAUUUCAACCAGCCGUUCAUUCUCAUGUUUCUUAAUCUGGCACUGAUUUCCUACCCGCUUUCAUUUCUCCAAAAAGUAUCUUUUUUUAAAGACUUUUCCUACCAAAAGGACAUUCACCACGACUGUUCUGCAUGUUAGCCACUGUCCGCCUGCAUUAUGAACUUUCCCCUCUGCUUCACACGGUCCUCCUUUUUCCUUUCGCAUCAAUCCCUGCUUAGGGCAGUGAGGUCCAAUUUGUCUUACUUACUUUGCCUACUUGCUUCUCCUUCCAUUUCCCCCCUUGAUAAUGACCUUCUUUCAUUUAUUAUAUUUUUCUUUGGUAAAAGGCAUGUACUGAAUAUUCCAGUCCAGUCUAGUACAGUGUGCUCGAGGAAACUCUUGGCCUGUUUGUAAGUGAUCCUGGUGCAGCCGACUCCCUCUCCUCACUGGCCCAAGACCUGACAACCAAUAUGUGUGGUGCUCCAGAAUUCAAACAGGGUCCUCAUUGGCUUUAAUGGCCAUGAAUUAUAUCAAGGAAAUACAGGAGUGUCACACGUAGCAUCAAUCAAGUCUAUGGCCUGCAGGUUGCACUAUGAAAACCAGACUACCACAGUGUUAGGGCGCAUAUACCCACAGAAACCAGUGUGUGUGUGUGAGAGAGAGAGCUCUCAGCAUCUUUGUGGGGCCCAGUUCUGUUCCAGUAACCUUGCCAACACUACAGGCCUACUUACAAGUCGCUGAGGCAGGUUGCUUGUAGGGUGAUGUUGUUUCUAGCCCAGACUGGUCUGGUCUAUGCCCUGAUUUCAAUGUGUUAGUUUAUUUGACAUUGUCUGUCUGGGGUGGGGCUGGAUGGUCAGUGCUGCACUUACUUCCUGAAAAAAACUGCUUCAUAAAAUAUGAUUCUCUUUAAUUAA